AUGGCUUUAUUUCAACUCACACUGCCCUGUUCAUCACCUCUCUCCUACCUCAAACUCGAAUCAAAACCAAACCAUUUCAUCACCAACCCUCCAAUUCUCACUCUAAAACCAAAACCACCCUCCAAUUCCCUCCACUCCUCCACACCCACCACCUCCAAAGCUUUCUCCAACCGGCUUUCUCAACCAAAAAAUUCUCUCGAUUCGAUUAGACCCUUUAUUCAAUCCGAAUGGCAACCAAUCCUCAAGGGCUGGCUUUGCAGCGCAAUCUCGGUGUACUCUCUCUCCAAAAUUGUCCCCAAAAUGGGAAAAUUCUCGGCGGUGAUGGGUGCAGUCGAGGUAGUGAGGCUUAGAGAGGAGGGUUUGGUUUUGGGGGUUUUUGCUUUUGGUUCGGUUGAUCGCGAAUUACCUUCAACAAGCUUUUCUAUGGGAGGCGUCGCUGAAUUCUGUAGGGAUUUGGAGUUUUUUGAGGGUAGAAAUGGUGUUUCAGCUGGCGAUAUUGCCUAUAGGAUUACUGCCGAGGCUGCAGAUGUCGCCGAUACUGUUAAUUCUCUAUUGAAUUCUAUUGUACCCAGUACUCUGCAGUUAGCAGCAAUGGCAACUCAAAUGCUGGUCAUUAGCCCUCUUCUUUCGUUAAUUUCUGCCUUGGUGAUCCCAUCGAUGGUUCUUGUCCUUGAUUUCUUGGUGAAAAGCUUC